AUAGAACCUAGUGCGUUUUGUACACAUGCGGACUGUAUUAUACAAAAUAAAUAUCUUGUUUUAUGUUUUCGUAUGAUUUAUUAAUUUAAGUAUAAAUAUGUUUUACCUAAUAGGUCUAGGCUUAGGUGACGCAAAAGAUAUAACUGUGAAAGGUUUAGAAAUUGUAAAAAAAUGUGACAAGGUAUUGCUGGAAGGUUAUACUUCAAUACUCACUGUUGGAAAAGAGGUUUUGGAAGAAUAUUAUGGCCGACCAUUAAUAAUAGCCGACCGGGAACUAUGUGAAGGUGCAAUAGAUGAUAUUUUACUUGAAGCAAAGGAAUCAGAAGUUGCCUUGCUAGUUGUAGGUGACCCAUUGGGAGCUACUACACAUACUGACAUGUUGCUGCGAGCUAAACAGUUUGGUGUGCAAACACAGAUUGUGCACAAUGCCUCAAUCAUGAAUGCUGUGAGCUGCUGUGGCCUGCAGUUAUACAAUUUUGGUGAAACCGUUUCAAUACCUUAUUGGACAGACAAAUGGAAGCCUGAUAGCUUCUUUGACAAAGUAGUUGGCAAUUUUUCAAGAAACUUGCAUACUCUUUGCUUAUUAGAUAUAAAGGUAAAGGAACCUACGGAAGAGUCACUUACAAAAAAAGUUCGACAGUACAUGGACCCAAAGUUCAUGUCUGUAAAGGAAGCAGCAAAUCAAUUGGUGCAGAUCAUUGAAAAUCAUCCAGACAAAGGCAUAAGCAAAAGCAGUACGGCAAUCGGGCUCUCUAGAGUAGGAGCCAGCGAUCAGCGGAUAGCCGUAAUGACACUCGACGCAAUGCAAAACUUUGACCUCGGCCCGCCGCUACACAGUCUCGUCAUUCCCGCUCCCAAUUUACAUCCGUUGGAAUUGGACUAUCUAGCACAGUUUAAUCAAUCAGGCAGUUGACUUACGUAAAUAUUAUUCUAAAAUGUUUAACAUUGUUAUGAAUAAAAGAAAUAUAAAGAGUUUAAUUAAUAUAGUUUUAUUAUUUACAAUUACACGUAAUAAUAAUUAAAAAUCAUGAUAUUGACAGAAUUUGAUACGACCAUGAGAAACCACAUUCAAACCCAAUUGGUCCACAAAGCUACCACAAAAUACAUACUACAACAAAAUUAUUUUCAAUUAUAAAUGUUAAAAGGUACAUUAAUUAUUAUUUGGUCUAAGUUUCACAAUUAUAAAUAAAGAAAACUAUUAUUUUAUAAUAUACAAAUAACGGAAUGUAGAUAUACCAACAUUAUAAUAAAUAGUACACCUAUUAUUGGUAUACAUCACACUUCUCUAGAUAAAACUGGAAACUGGUGGGUCAAAUGAUUGUAAUUAAUAAUUAGGAUCUUAUAAUAUGGAAUUUUACAUAACACUAGCACAAUUCUUAACAUAAUUAUACAGUCUUUAGACUUAGUUGUAAAGGGUACAUACAUGAUUUUAAUAAUAUAUUAAAUGUUUUCACAUAACUCGUGCUUUCUAUUUAUUAUGUGAGAUUACAAAAUAGGGAAUGAGGGAACUAUAUAAAUAGACAUUGAGUUAGAGUAUUAAAAUAUUUAAACAGCUGAUACUUGUUGAUCGUCAUCGUCAUCAUCAGGCACGUCAUGAUAAUAAUCAUAGGGGCGUGUGACGCCUUCAUGAGAAUGCGCCCUACUUAGUCGCUCGAGGCGUGCCACUUGAGCAGCCAAGUUAUAAGGAGCCUGCGGCAUGCGCGGCGGCGGCACGGGCCGCGCGCAACUCGCCGCGGUACACGAGCCGUGUCCACUGUCGCUCGAAGUAGCAGACCCAGUUUUUCGUAGUGGCAAGUUAACUAAUGAUGUAACACUACUACUUUCAGCCGAUAGGUCGACUGGUAGUGGUGUAGGGGUAUCAGAGUGGGAUCUCUCAUGAGCUGUCCGAGGACAACAUAUGCCAGGACCAGGGCCAUCGCGUCGAUGUGAACAAGGCGAAGGUCCAGGUGGUGGGGGCCGAGGUUGGUGUGGUCGUGUUUUGGCUGGUUCUGAUAAAGCCAAGAGCUUUCUAACCGCCUGAGGUGAUGCAGUACCAAACUUAUUACCAGCAAAGCUCUUUUUGCUCUCACUGGCUGAUGAUGCACUGCUGGUCGUUGACAAAGAUGGUGAUGGGUGUCGUCGCCGUGGGAUAGCCGGGGCUGGUCCUGCUCCUUCGCAUUCUAAAGACAAUGCGUGGAGUCUUUCUUCAUCAGUUUCAACAUGCAUUCUAUUUAAAUAUGCUUUUACACGUCGAACCAUUUGCGCUUCUUCAAACAUCUUUUUCGGAUUUGGUACAUUCGAAGACUUUUUCCUUCUCUUCACAGUAACUUGCCCUUGUUGUACACUUCCAGUGGUAAGUUGAUUCAAUGCGACCAUUGCAUUUGAGGGCGGCUGCUUACCCAACUCCAGUAACGUAAGGAGGUCAUAUGGAGCACUGCACAUAUUUGUGAGUGUGCGAACUUCUUUAGCAAUCAUUCGCAAUUUUUCAAAAUUGACCAUACCUUCGACUUUAGUGUCAUUUCCUAAAUGGAUAAAGGUAAGAUCUUUUUUAACCACUGGAUAAAAUGGUAUAACGGGCGAUCUACCCUGCUCAGUAGUAACCAACUGACGAUACUUAGACAUAUUUCGUGAGGGAUCCAUUAGCAUUUGCAGAUCAUUAAAUAAUUUUAAAUAUUUCGUUGGUAGUUUCUCCCAAGUCAUCCUUAAUCUAGACACUGCGCCAUGACCCAAACCCGAUAUUAUUGCAAACAUAGAAUUAAAGUUUUUGCACUCUUUACAAUGACGCGCAACUUUAAUAAACUGUUUAAUUAUUUUUUGUCGCCGCGCUAGUGUCUGUUCGUUAACAACUUCAGUGACGACCCAAAACAUUUCUUUAUUGACAAGUUCCGCAAAUUGCGACAACAUAGGUGUGCCAUACCUACUUUUCAAUUCAAAUAGAUCAUCAACAUACUCAGUACUCUCAAUUUGGCGAAAUAUACAAAAAUCUUGUAAUGUUAGUUGCACUGCAACUUCCACAGCAUUUAAUUGCAGAAAGUGAACAACACUUUCCCUUAAAAGUUCAGGUGCCAUGUCAUCAGGUACUAAGUUCUCAGAUAUUCCAUUAGUUUUUAGAUAGUACCUAGAACUGAGACCAAUUCUCUCUGCAAGAUUCUGUAACUGAUCUGGUAAACGAUGUUGUUUAAUGAUACCACCUUGGGCAACAGACACUUCACACAAUGAAUAUUUAGAACUCGGAUCAGUGAUACCAAAUUCUUGCAAAGUCAACAUUACAACUUCUCUUGCUGUAGUCUCUUUAUGCACAAGCAAAUAUUUGCAAGUUUGGUCAGCUUUAUACACUUUGAGUACAUGCUCUGGGUAAUCAGAGGAUUGAUAUUCAUCAUAGCAUAUUGAUAUUAAAUCAGGAUUACUGUGAGAGUUAUAAAAGGAAGUACUAGUAUUGGCUUUGUUUAAAGACUCUGAGUUUGAAAGAAUACUGUCAUCAGUUGGUAAACCAUCAAUAAUUGUAGUUUUGGGAAGAAUUUUCAUUAAAGCCUUUUGAAAUUUUCUCUUAGGUCCCAAUGUCAUGAAACCUUUCUGUGGCUCUUUCUUGAUGCUCAGCUGUUGAGGUUUCUUGGUGGGAGAUUGAAAUACUGGUGUUAAUGUAAUGGGAUCAUCAUUGAGUAGCUCUGCAGUUGAUAAUCUGGCCCUAGGAUCAGUGUGCCAAUGAACUCUAUUUGAACCUCCUCUCUGUCUUGGUGAAUUUUCUGGCUUUAAUAAGAUUUGCUUAAAAGCUAACAAAUUACUUUUCACUGUGAUGCUCAAAUGUGUUGAUCCAGUAAUUAUUUCCAUUGCUUUAGCAUGGCUCACAUGCUGAAAGGAUUGUCCAUUCACCUCUAAGACUUGAUCACCUCUUUUUAAUCCAACAUCUUCAGCCUUUGAAUGCUUUUCCACUUUAAAAAUAAAUAUCCCAUAACCCCUUUCAUAUCCACCAAAUAUUGUGAAGUUCAAUGGUUCAUCUCUUGUUGGGCGAGAUAAUGUAACACUCCUUGUUCUAGCUUUAGCUGAACAAGCUAUGUUUAGCAGCCUUAAUUGACUUUCCAUCUUUUCAUGCUCUAAUGCAAUCUCAAAGUUUUCAAGAAACUCCAUCAUUGUUGAAUCAGUUUCAAAGUCAGUGAAAUGAUUGUUGACCCAAAGCAGCACAACACGAGUAACUUUGUCCCUGACUGUCGGCUCAGAGAACCAUGCUAAUAGUUGUUUUGCUACAACUAAAGGACUUUCAAUGAAUGUUCUGUGUGUUAACAGGAAAUCUUCAACAUAUGUAGAAUCUCGUGAGUUAUCCUCAAUGAGCUGCAGCAUCAAUUGUUCUGGAGUUCCACGAAUAACAACAUGACCCUGUUGUCGUCCUGACUCUCCAGCCACACCUCUAUAUUCUGUAACCAUUACUACUACACCAUUUUCAUUUUCAUGUCUUCUGAUAUUUUCUUCACCUUGGUGGAGUAUUCGAUAAUAGUCAGUUUGAGUAAUACAAACAAACUGACAGUCAUCACAUUUUGUUGUCAUUACACCUUUAUGAUACAAUUUCUCAAGUGUAGCUUCAGCCAUCCCAAAGCUAUCACCAACAUUCAAGUGCUCCACUUCACCACUCUGAUGUUCAAUACUGACAUGGCCAUUAAUAAGAACAGACCAUGAGUCAUGUUCUUCUCCAUCAUUCAUGACUACUGUGCCAGCUUUUUCUACCACAGCAAAUACCAUGACAGCACACAAAGCCCGACGCACUGUCAAAGUCAUAUUGGUGAAUGCUUUCAAAUGUUGAGUAAAUUCCAAAAGUGUUUCUAUAUCCUCAUCAUUCCGUUCACUUGGAUCCUUUUCAAGACAUUCUCGGACUGCAUCUCGGACUGUCAGGCUGUCCAUACUUUCUUCCAGAUCUUCCUCCUCAUCAGAGUCAACAAUGGACUCGAGGAGACCUGAGAGGUCCACCUCCAUAUCCAUGUCCAGAGAGCUAUGUACUGAGGUCAUUGUGUCACUUCCACUGUAAGCAGAACUGGUGUCACUGGCGUUGGAGCACUUCAGCGUGUGGGGGUACAGCUCCGGACUGUGACGGCCUCCACGCCCACCUCUCAACAUCGUGAAGUUUCUGACCUGUUCAAGGUGACGUCCAGCUUCU